UCAGGCACGGCUUCCCUCCAGUCCGUGUCUGCCUCCAUCACGUUGUACCGCUCCAACAGGUAACGAGGCCACAUGUUGGACGUUCUAGCAGCGCUAAAUAUGACCCGUUCUAACAAACACGGGCGGAAUUAGCACGGAGUGCAUGCAUGGUCUGCCUGUAAGACAAGCUCAGGGACGGAAAGUCGAGAGGCGAGACAGCUGAACUGAAUAACCGCUGUGGCUCAAAGCGGAAGUUGAGCGUGACUUCAUAACGGAGCGAGUCCGUUAAAAACAUCAUUCGUCGUUGAAGCUGGCAGUAACGUGAGUUCGAGACCCCGACUGACGAUGGGAGAUGCCCAGUAAGGCCUUGAUCUGUGUCCAACACUCUACUGUCUGCCACCAUGAUGACCAAUCACUGCACGCUGUUGCCAGAAGUUUUGCCAAACCAGUGUCUGUCAGCCCAUGUGAGCCGCCGGCCUGAGCUGGACUCUGAGCCCAUGUGUGGCUUCUCUGAUGAGCCGCCUCUCCCGGGUAAAACCAUGGAGGAGUGCAGUGUGUCAGCCAGCAAGCAGUCUCAGUAUUACUCACAAGUGUCAACCAAGCUGGACGGUCAGCUGAUGUCUCCAGGGUUGGACGCAUAUGCCAAACAAUGUGCCGUGCCAGAGAACCCCAUGUGUCGUAUCUGUCAUGACAGCGGAGCCCAGGAGGAGCUGCUGUCCCCCUGUGAAUGUUCCGGGACCCUGGCCACCAUCCACCGCAGCUGUUUGGAACACUGGCUGUCUGCCUCAGGAACCAGCUUCUGUGAGCUCUGCCAAUACCAGUUCACUGUGCAGAGGAAAUCCAGGCCGCUGCUUGAGUGGGUGCAGAACCCGAGUCUUCGACAGGAGAAGCGCACCCUGUUUGGUGACAUGGUUUGUUUCCUGCUCAUCACCCCUCUGGCCACAAUCUCUGGCUGGCUCUGCCUUCGUGGUGCCAUAGAUCACCUUCACUUCUCCAGCCGACUGGAGGCCGUGGGGCUCAUCGCACUCACUGUUGCCCUCUUCACCAUUUACCUCUUCUGGACCCUGGUGUCUCUCAGGUAUCACUGUCGACUGUACAAUGAGUGGCGACAGUCCAAUCAGAGAGUUGUCCUCCUCCUUCCCAGGUCGCACAGUGAAGCGUCAGUGCUGCAUUCCUUACAAGGGGGACAGCGAGGGAAGCAGCCAUCCAAAGAGUCCAUAGUCUGAGCACAGAGCCAGCUUUAAGACAGAUUCUGGUCAGGGGGGUCUGUUCACCUUCUGCUCUCUUUGCACUUUAAAGCCCCGCUCUGUUAGAGCUCAUGUCACGUGUGUAAAUGGGCACAGAUCCCAGGAAGCACUUUAUUCACACAGUAAAGGACUGCCUUACCUGGACACAAAGAUCAGCUGAUGAAGCAGCCAUUGUGGCUCCUUAUGGGGUGUGUGGGGACGGACUGUAGUGUUUGAACACUGAUUAAGCUGCAGUAAGAGACCCACAAUGAUGAAACGUUGCCAUGAUGAAGACAUUCUGGCUCUAGCACUGCUUCAAGAAACAGUUUGAUAUUUGGUUUGCUGAGUCAGGUGAUAGUUAAAUGUGUUUCCCCCCAAAAUUGGACUGUUCCUUUAAGAAUGACUGGCACACUGUGGGAAGCUGGUGUUUCAAUCAGAGACAGUAAACGUGUGUUUGUUAUGAAGGUGUCUGUGAUGGUCAUGUGCCUAAACUGAAGUCAAGCACAGCCUUAAAGUCCUCUCCUGGUACAGGUUCAUGCACCCACACAGCUCCAGUCAGUCUGAUUCAUGAUUGAAUGAGACACAUUUAAACCAAAGGCUAUUUUCCUAUUUGUUUUGUUUUUUGGUCCGUUUUGUGUGUGUUUAUGUAGAAAAAUAAAAUUCAAUGUUCAAUA